AUGCUAGAAGAUAUUGAUACAGACUCACAUAUUUCAGAUAUAAUGGAAUGUGAGCAUGAACCUGAUGAAGAGGUGCAUACUUUUGACAAAAUAGUUGAUGAUGAAUUUUUUAACAAGUGUGGUAAACCCAUUCCUAAUAGUAAUCAAGAAGAAAUAAAUGAUGAUAAUGAUGAAGUCAGUGAUGAAGAUGAUGAUGUUGUGUUCCCUGUCUUUGAUGAGAAUCAAGAAUGGGAUAAAAUGGUCCUAGUUCUAGGUAUGAAGUUUUCCAACCCAAUGGAAUUGAAGCUAUGUCUAACCAACUAUGCCGUCAAGAAUAGGUCCAUUGUAAGCUACAAAUGGAUUGGAACUCAUUGCAUGAAUGAGAUAUUGCAGAAACCAAAGAUGAGCAUUAGGAAAUUGAAAGCUAAGGAAGGAUGGAUGAAGGGUUGUAGGAGGGUAAUUAGAGUAGAUGGUUGUUUCUUAAAUGACAUAUGCAGAGGUCAGUUGCUUGUAGACAUUAGGAGGGAUGCAAACAACCACAUAUACCCUAUUGCAUGGGUUGUGGUUACAAUGGAAAAUAAAGAAACAUGGAAGUGGGUUCUUGAUCUUCUGAUUGAUGACAUUGGAAUGGGAGUAGGGAAUGACUAA